AUGGCCGGCGGCACAGCGGUGCUGGAGCCGACCUACCACGGGUAUGUGGCUACAACACAAGAUGCGCUGAUCCUAUUUGAAGCUUGCUUGACUGGUGUGCUGCCUCACGUGCCGCGACGACCGCACGAUCGAGAACGCAAUCAUCUCGUCCGCAGUGGGAACGGCGUAACCUGGAGCCCCAGUCGGAUCCUCGGAAAUUUCCUGGUUUAUCGUGAACUCGACAAGCCGUUUCCUCCAGGCGAGAAGAAGCGUGCCAUGAAGAAAGGAAACAGGCGGCCAGUGCAGGCUUCUCGUCCUGGAGAGCCUUACCCGCGGUCAGACAGCAAUGGCCAGUCUUAUUCGCCAACGACACCAGGGUCAAAUUUUGGAGAUCGGCCUCAACAGUCCGAUGUCGAGCGAGCGUUGGUUGGCUCUUUGGUGGACUCGUAUGGCUUCAAGAAUUCGGGACUUGUCAAGAAAACUAUGAGUGUUACAGUGGGAGGAAUCACCCACCAUUUGGUAUCUUACUAUAGCGUGGAAGAUGUGAUGAAGGGCAUUUUAAGUCCCCCGUCUAUGCACGAGGAAUUGCGUUAUAUCAGACCCCGGGCAGAGUUGAUUUCGAAGCAGAGCUUCCGGGCUCCAAUCGAUGAUGUUGAAACAGGACUGGAAAAUACGAGCGAUCCCUCACAGGCCAUUUAUGGAUACCGCACCGCCAUGAUACCUACCCCAACCUAUGGGAUACAGAAUACGCACUCGUACGAUUAUAUGCACAGUUCGCCGUAUGGCUCACACCCGAGUCAGCCGGCCCCAAUCUCGUCAUAUGCUAGUGGACCCCUUCCUCCUCAGUCCGCAUCGAAUCCGUAUCUACCGACUCCUUCCGGCGUGUCGCAGCUAUCUGUCAAACAGGAACCCGAUCAAAACUCCUAUCGUUCAGGAUCAUACGGUACGGCGUUCGAUACAAUGGCUCAGAAUCAUCUGCCCACGACUUUACCUCCUACCCUGAACGCAACCGGCAUGUCCAAUUCCUUGGACCGACACCGCCAUCAGCAAUCCAGCAGCCCGAGUAUCUAUCGAAACACUUCAAUGUCUGCUCGUGGAAUCAGCACCGAUGUGACAUCUCCAACCGAACCGCAUGCGUCGGCUACCCCAUAUUCUCGAAAUAGCUUCGGUAUGCCACCGCAGAUGGACGCCUCCAAUCACCAAUCAUUCGAGCAGCGUAACGUUGCAGCAGCGUCAUUUGAUCCCACGGUUCCACGCCGCGAGCCCAAUGCCAUGCCGUCGUUCUAUACCGGUGCUGCCGAUCGACAAAGCUACUAUCCUGGGGUAGCUCACUCGAAUUAUCCGACAGCACAGCCAAUUUCUACCUGGACCACGACCGCACCAGCUCAACCACAAAUGUGA